AUGGAAGUUUUCUCCCUCCUCUUGGUUGUGUCCGUCUGUUGGACUCGAACCUGGGACGCGGCGAUUGCGGAUUCAAUCAUACACAUAGGGGCAAUUUUUGAUGAAUCUGCCAAAAAGGAUGAAGAGGUGUUUCGUAUGGCAGUUGCUGACCUCAACCAGAAUGAUGAAAUUUUACAAACAGAGAAAAUCACAUGUUCUGUGACAUUUGUGGAUGGCAAUAAUCCAUUUCAGGCAGUUCAAGAAGCCUGUGACCUUAUGAACCAAGGCAUCCUGGCCCUUGUCAGCUCCAUUGGCUGUACGUCGGCGGGAUCCCUGCAGUCCUUGGCAGAUGCCAUGCACAUUCCUCACCUCUUCAUCCAGCGUUCAACAGCUGGGACUCCAAGGAGUGGCUGUGGGCUCACCAGGAGCAAUCGAAACGAUGACUACACACUGUCUGUCCGCCCACCGGUCUAUCUAAAUGAUGUUAUAUUGAGGGUGGUCACGGAAUAUGCCUGGCAGAAGUUCAUUAUUUUCUAUGAUAAUGAGUAUGAUAUCCGUGGAAUACAAGAAUUUUUGGACAAAGUAUCUCAGCAGGGAAUGGAUGUAGCGCUGCAGAAGGUAGAGAACAAUAUCAAUAAAAUGAUCACAGGGCUCUUUGCCACCAUGCGAAUAGAAGAAUUGAAUCGCUACCGGGACACUCUGAGACGAGCCAUUCUUGUAAUGAAUGCGUCAACAGCCAAGUCCUUCAUUACAGAGGUCGUGGAGACUAAUUUGGUUGCUUUUGACUGUCACUGGAUCAUUAUAAAUGAGGAAAUAAAUGAUGUGGAUGUGCAGGAGCUAGUGAGAAGGUCAAUUGGAAGGUUAACAAUUAUUCGUCAGACAUUUCCAGUCCCACAGAACAGCAGUCAACGGUGUUUCCGUGGCAACCACAGAAUAUCUUCAUCACUGUGUGAUCCUAAGGACCCUUUCUCCCAGAACAUGGAGAUUUCAAACCUCUACAUAUAUGACACUGUGCUUUUAUUGGCUAAUGCUUUUCAUAAGAAGCUAGAGGACCGGAAGUGGCACAGCAUGGCUAGUCUGACUUGUAUCAGAAAGAAUUCCAAACCCUGGCAAGGAGGGCGAUCCAUGCUGGAUACUAUCAAGAAGGGUGGAGUGAAUGGCUUGACUGGAGAACUGGAAUUUGCAGACAAUGGAAGGAAUCCCAAUGUCCAUUUUGAAAUUCUAGGGACCAAUUAUGGAGAAGAUCUUGGCAGAGGCAUCCGCAAGCUUGGCUGCUGGAAUCCUAUCACGGGUCUGAAUGGGUCACUAACAGACAGAAAACUGGAGAAUAACAUGCGUGGGGUAGUUCUGCGUGUGGUGACUGUGCUGGAAGAGCCGUUUGUGAUGGUGUCUGAAAAUGUUUUGGGAAAACCGAAGAAAUACCAGGGUUUCUCAGUAGAUGUCUUGGAAGCCUUAGCUAAUUACCUUGGCUUUAAAUAUGAAAUUUAUGUUGCACCAGAUCACAAGUAUGGAAGUCCCCAGGAGGAUGGGUCAUGGAAUGGACUGAUCGGAGAACUAGUAUUUAAGAGAGCUGACAUAGGGAUUUCUGCUUUAACCAUUACCCCUGAUCGGGAAAACGUGGUAGAUUUCACAACCCGCUACAUGGACUACUCAGUGGGAGUGCUGCUUCGAAAGGCUGAGAAGACAGUGGACAUGUUUGCCUGCUUGGCACCAUUUGACCUCUCCCUGUGGGCCUGCAUAGCUGGAACCGUGCUUCUGGUCGGACUACUGGUCUACCUCUUGAACUGGCUCAACCCACCACGCCUGCAGAUGGGAUCAAUGACUUCGACAACACUAUACAACUCCAUGUGGUUUGUUUAUGGAUCCUUUGUGCAGCAAGGAGGAGAAGUUCCUUAUACGACACUGGCAACCCGAAUGAUGAUGGGCGCCUGGUGGCUUUUUGCUUUGAUUGUCAUCUCAUCUUACACAGCAAACCUAGCAGCUUUUCUCACAAUCACUCGCAUUGAGAACUCCAUCCAGUCUCUCCAGGAUCUCUCCAGGCAGACGGAUAUUCCUUAUGGCACUGUCUUGGACUCUGCAGUCUAUGAGCAUGUUCGAGUGAAGGGGAUGAAUCCUUUUGAGAGGGACAGCAUGUAUUCCCAAAUGUGGCGAAUGAUUAACAGAAGUAACGGCUCAGAGAACAAUGUGCUGGAGUCACCAGCAGGCAUUCAGAAGGUGAAGUAUGGGAACUAUGCUUUUGUGUGGGAUGCAGCAGUACUGGAAUAUGUGGCCAUCAAUGACCCAGACUGCUCCUUUUACACCGUUGGGAACACUGUCGCAGACAGGGGCUAUGGAAUUGCACUUCAGCACGGCAGUCCCUACAGAGAUGUCUUCUCACAAAGGAUUUUAGAACUUCAGCAAAAUGGAGACAUGGAUAUACUGAAGCAUAAGUGGUGGCCGAAGAAUGGUCAGUGUGACCUAUAUUCAUCAGUGGAUACCAAACAAAAAGGAGGUGCCCUGGACAUAAAGAGCUUUGCAGGAGUGUUUUGUAUCCUAGCUGCUGGGAUUGUCCUGUCCUGUUUCAUUGCAAUGCUGGAAACAUGGUGGAAUAAAAGGAAAGGCUCCCGGGUUCCUUCUAAAGAGGAUGACAAGGAAAUUGACCUGGAACAUCUUCAUAGACGUGUUAACAGCCUCUGCACAGAUGAUGACAGCCCCCAUAAACAGUUUUCCACCUCGUCAAUUGAUUUGACCCCGCUGGACAUUGACACUUUGCCCACCCGCCAAGCACUAGAGCAAAUCAGUGACUUCAGGAACACUCACAUCACCACGACAACUUUCAUACCAGAACAGAUCCAGACUCUUAGCCGCACACUGUCAGCUAAAGCCGCUUCUGGUUUCUCCUUUGGCAACAUGCCUGAGCACCGAACUGGCCCUUUUAGGCACAGGGCACCUAAUGGGGGCUUUUUCAGAAGUCCUAUCAAAACAAUGUCAUCUAUCCCAUACCAACCAACUCCUACUCUGGGGCUCAAUAUCGGUAAUGACCCAGACCGGGGCACCUCCAUAUGAGCUUCAAACCAAGUUUUUUCACUGUUUCCUUUUAGGACUCCCUUUGCAAGGAGCAGCUGUAAUAUUGUGGGACUAACAUGGAUAUAACCUUUUUAAAAAAAAAAUCAAGAUUCUCAGUAACAACUCACUAUUUCUCCUUCUCUCCCCAGCUUUCCGUCUUCUCCUCUCUUCUCUUGUCAUGUUUCUUUAAAAAAAAAGUCAUCACACUAGUAUUCCAUUAGUACACUAUUCAUAUGCAUUAAGUAUAAGAAAUGUGUGCUGAGUAUGCAUGAAAGAUAGAGGAUUAUUUUGCAGAAGGGUGUUUGUAUCUCCCCUCUCUGUUUUUUUAUAUAAUUGCAAUAACUUCAGUCCCUUACAUUUGUUCUGCUGCAUCCAUUCACUGCUCCACUGCUGUUGUGUGUCCUUUUGACUGUGGACCAAAGGCAAACCCUGUAUUAAAAAAAUAAAAAUAAAAAAAGAAAUAAAGAAAAAAGGACAAAAAAAAUCAGGCCACAUAAUAUGAGAAUGCAAUUUUGUAGGAUUACAAAAAGCCAUUACUAUGCCAGUAAAGACUACAGUUAAAUCUACUUUUGCACUGCAACAGUGCAUAUGACCUUUAUGUGAUUGUACAGUGUUAAGUUUUUCUUAUGUACAGUAAACUGUAUCAUAUGGCAGAAGCCUCUGUUGUGUUAAAGUAUCACAUCAAUAUAUAUACAUAAGUAUGUAUAUAUAUAUACAUGUGUAUAUAUAUCUAUAAAAUGGCAGCCAUUGCUAUUGCAAUUCAUUUAAUAAAGCUUUAGUAAAAAUGUGUUGUAUACUGGAAAGAUAUACAGUCGGGGGUCUUUCUGUUUAGAAAAGCGAGAUGGCUUUAAUAUUAUACUGACUUGCAUUGUUUGCCAAGAAAGUUUAUUUUAUACUUUUUUAUUAGAACAUCUGGGACAAUUUCAUGUUUGUACCUAGAUGUAACUUAUUCAAUUAGGUUUUGCAUUGGCUAUUCGGUAGUGUAUAAGGCUAAACUUGGUAAUUUUACUUUUACUAAUUAAAAUGAAAAACUCUCUUAGGUAAACCACAUCCAUGGAUAUCUAAUACAGCUCUAGAGAAGUUUAAAUGUAGAUUGUAGAAGGUUAAAAAAUUCUCUUCCAAAUCAGCACCAUCAAUCAAUACAAUAACUGUAUUACUGGGACAAAAAACCCUUGAGAAAUAUUGAUGUGGCCUUAAUGACAUCAUAUAUUAUGCUAAGAAAAAAAUAAUCAAGCUAUCAUUUUAACCCUUAUUAUAUUAAUUUACAUUUAGAGAAGCUAUGUAAUUUUUUAUUAGUGUCAACUGUAUAGAAUGUUGAAAGAACAGCAAUGAGAGCAAAAACAGUGCCUGCUUUGGCACAAGCUUCUUAAAGUAACACUUAUCUGUUAGAAAUGUAGAUUGAGCUUUCAGUUUAUAAUCCUUAAAACUAGUAGUGUUGUUAAAUAGAAAACAAGCAAUUUAUCCCAUGCUGAGUUCUUUGUUUUUGUUUUUUUUUGUUUGUUUGUUUUUGUUUGGUUUGUUUGUUUGCUUGUUUUUUACACAGCCAUAUACUUCUGUUACCCUAACUCAUUCUAUGGCUAGAACUGAUAUAGGAAUCAGCCUAUGUGAUUUGCUUUAGGAGAAAUUAAAGGUAUAUUCUUCAGCUCUAUUCUGUUUUGAUGCUAAUUCUGUUCUGGGGGAGCAUCUUGUACUGUCAAUGUUUUUGUACUAAAUCUUCAAAUAUUGUCUACUGUGUAAGGCAGAACAACUUCUUAUCAUGCAAAAGGCCAUUUUGUUUCCAGGGUAGCAAGUGUCUAAAAGCAUGCACAACUUGUUUCCUCUUGUAACAUUCAUGAACUCAUACACAAAUCUGAUUUUUUUU